GUUUUUAUUUAAUAACUAUACAAUUAGAGCACUCGGAGCACUCAAUUUCGCACUCAUCAUCGUCCAAAUACUCUUGUAAUAUGAUAAUGUCAUUUCCACACCUGCAGCAAUAUUUUGCUUCACCCCCUUGAAAACUUAGCUCGUUUUUGCUUAUUUCGGCGUGUAUUAAAGUCCGUUCGUUGAAACUAUUUUGCAGUAACGUUGCGUCGUAUUGUUUCCUAGUUGAUUCAUCUUUUAAAAUUUUCCAGGCCUUAUCAACUUCAAUAAAAGUAUCGCUUGUGGUUUCUGGUUGCGAUGUUUUGGAGUGAAUUUUAUCAGGGUGGUGUUGUUUGAUAAGUUUCUGAUAAGACUCUUUUAAUUCUUCGUGAGUUGCACUUGUAUUGCACUUUAGAACAGUGUAGAAGUUUUGUGUUUGCAUUUUAUCACAGGAUGAUUCGAAAUUUUGCGUUUUUUAGUACUAAUUAGUACUUUAGCGCGUAGUAUUAACGUUCCUUUGGUUGUGAAUUACGUGGAAUUUCAAUACGGCCGCACAGCAAGCAUGGAAAGUUUUUAAGCGUUCAGGGCAGUGGCGAUUUAUCGGUGACGGCCCUUUUGGAAGGUUGCAGUGCCUGCGAGAGGGAACAAUGUGAUGGUACAGUUGGGUUUGGGGGAAGCCCUGACGAAAAUGGCGAAACCACUUUAGACGCUAUGAUUUUUGACGGAAAUACCAUGGACAUGGGCGCAGUCGCCAACCUUAGAAGGAUUAAAAACGCAGUGGGCGUGGCAAGGCAUGUUCUUCUAAACACGAAACAUUCGAUUUUGGCGGGAGAUUGGCAACGGAUUUCGCCAAAAUGAUGUUGGAGCGUGAAGAAACCUUAUCGACGAAUCAUUCCACAAAAAUGUAUGAGGACUGGAAAAAGAAUAAUUGUCAGCCCAACUUUUGGCAGAAUGUGCACCCAGAUCCAACUAAAAAUUGCGGUCCCUACAUAUACGCAACCAAUGAAAUUACCAAGGAUGGCGGAAAUAGUGUUUUCGGCGAUAAAAAUCAUGACACCAUAGGGAUGAUUGUCGUUAAUAGUAACGGGCAUGUUGUAGCAGGUACCUCCACUAACGGAGCUACUCACAAAAUACCUGGACGUGUUGGUGAUGGUCCAAUACCAGGCGCUGGUGCAUAUGCAGAUAAUGACGUAGGAGCUGCCGUUGCCACUGGUGACGGUGAUAUUAUGAUGCGAUUUUUGCCAAGCUUUUUGAGUGUUGAACUGAUGAGAAACGGCGCUUCUCCCUCAAAAGCAGCAAAAAUGGCAAUUCAUAGAAUAGCACGGAAAUACCCCCGAUUUCUUUGGAGCAGUAGUGGCAGUUUCCAAAAAAGGUGAAAUUGGGGCGGCAUGUAAUGGAAUGGAAACAUUCCCGUAUUCCCUGGCCAAUCCAGAAAAUACCGUAGCAGUUGUAAAGUAUGUUAGGUGUACCAAUGGAACUUUACUACAUAAUCCAGAGCUUAAGUAA